CUAAGCAUGAUGUUAAUUUUCUACAAGAAUUUAAAGACAAAAGUUUGAACCGAAAUGGCUCAAAUUUAGAUGCCAAAAGACUCAAGCAUGAUUUUGAAUCUUUGGGAUUUGUUGUAACUGAACACUCUAAUUUAAAUAAAAAGGACACCAAAGAGAUAUUGAAAGCAGUUUCAAAAAUAGAUCAUUCACGGAAGAAAUAUUUUGUAUGCUGCAUACUUUCUCAUGGUGAUAUAGGGACGAUUAAAGCAUAUGAUGAAGAAAUAAAGGUGAAGUCUUUAUUGAAACCUUUCCAUUCAAAAUUAUGCAGUCUCUGGGGAAAGCCAAAAAUUUUUAUAAUUCAGAUUAUCAAAAACUCCACCAAAUCGAAACCAACGAAUUUUGUUCUAAGGCUGUUGUCACAAGAAAGUUCAAUGAGACUUUCUUCUUCUUGUGAAGUCUGGUGGAGCUUGAGCAUGAAAAGAAUUUUGGAUCCACGAAUAUUUUUCCAUAUUUUCUUCCGCAAAGUAUUUUGCAAACCAUUCAGUGAGCUUCGAAAGGUGUUCAACGAAAAGAGACAGCAAUUUUUGAGAGACAGUGAGCUCGUUAGAGGACGCGUAUUUAUGCAAGUCAGAGAAACGAUCUUGACUGCCAUCCUCAUUAAUUUUCUUAACCAUUACUGCAGUUUUCUUCUAAACACCGCAAUCUACUUGUUGGCAACCGCCGUUGAUUCCCCUAGCGCAUGCGCAUGAUAAGCAAGUUCUCUGCUGUGCAAUACUUUUCUAAGCAGUUAGCCAAAGUUAGUGGUGAGUAUCGCAUGUAAGCGAGAAGUGCUAAGUGCUGUCUAAUAUCAUGUUUCUACUCUGCUGUUCAACGUCUUCAUAGCUUAAAUAAAUGUUUGUCAUGUAUAUGGAAGACGUCAUUUUAUUCUUCAAAGGUUAUGGGCCCAGACAGCGCUUAACUGUGCAGUUCAACCACCAUUGUUAAAUUCUUUCGGCAAGUCAAGCUGCGUCGACUGAAAUGAAAAUGACGACAACUAAUACAGUGUCAAUUGAAAAGCUAAACAAGGACAACUUUGACACGUGGAAGUUGCAAGUGGAAGCAAUUCUGAUUAAAAAUGGUCAUUGGUACUAUGUAACUGGGACUGUAAAGAAUGCUCCUGAAGUCUCUACUAGAAAGACCUAUGAUGCUCUCGAAUAGAGAGACUUCUCACACUACGAGGACUAUAAUUCAUUUUUAAUACCUUUUUAAAGAACUGUGAAUGGCAACGACUUAACUGAGUAAUACGCAUGCGUAAAGAGAAGAGACUUCUGUUGAGACGCCUGUGAGAGAGAGUGCUGGGAAGCUCCGCCAGCGAGCUGAGGUGUGGAGACUUUGUUCGUCGAAUGAUGAUGAGUGCCAUCUUCGUUAACGUCUCUGAUCGUGUCACCAGCUCGGAUAUCUACUAUAGUUUUCUAAAUGUAUUAAUUAAAUGUUGUAUCUGUGUUAUGUUGUGUGAAUAAAAAGUGAUGAAUCACCACUACCAGUGUUGUUUCCGUUCCCACUGAAGCAUCCACGACGUCACAGACAAAAGGAAUAAAAAAAUUGGAGGUUCCACCGAGAUCUGUGUGACAAGAGACCAGGUAUGUU